AUGAGUUGUGGCUCACCCAUGACGGCCUUUUCAAUUCCCUUCUCCCAAGUUUCCUUUCCCAGACCUCAGCAGUUACUGGAUUCUCUCGUUGUUCCAGCAGAUGAUGGGAUGGUGAGUGAGAAUGAGAACGGGAUUGAAGAAGAGGAGGAGGAGGAGGCACCGCAGGACGGAGAAGGAGAGGGCAGAGGGGAUGUUGCCGUGGAGAAGGUGGAGGCCCAAAAGGAUCUCCUGCCGGAGAACACCAAAGAGCCUCUUGAGACUGAGCUGAAAGCCAGCGAGGAAGGCCCAGACCAGGCGGCCUUGGAUGAGCGGCCGAGGAAGCCCCUGGGGAAGAGACAGGCCAAGUCGAGCGUCCACCGUGCUUUCAAGAAGUUCUCCUCACGCAACCACCACCACGGGCUGCUGGGCCACACCGGUCGGUGCCACAGCUGCGGCAAGGGCUUCGGCUUCGGCAAGCGCUCCCGGCUGCACGGCGCCGCCGGCCUGGAGAAGCCCUACAAGUGUGGCGAAUGCGGCAAGGGUUUCCGGCUGCACUCCACCCUGGCGACCCACCAGCGCCGCCACACCAGCACCAAGCCCUACCGCUGCGCCGAGUGCGGCAAGAGCUUCAGCGUCGGCUCGGCCUUCAUCCAGCAUCAGCGCACCCACGCCGGCAAGCGGAGCGGGCCCGGUCCAGCCCGGCCCUGCGAGUGCAAUGUGUGCGGCAAGAGCUUCGGGCUCCCGGCCCACCUCAUCAAACACCAGAAGCAGCACCUCGAAGAGAAGCCCUACAAGUGCCAGGAGUGCGGCAAGGGCUUCAACUGGAACUCUCACCUGGAGCGCCACCGCCGCAUCCACACCGGAGAGAAGCCGUACGUCUGCGAGGACUGCGGGCGUGCUUUCGCCUGGAGCUCCCACCUGGAGCGCCACCGGCGGACGCAUUUCGGUGGGCUCCAGAAGGCCUCGUCAUGCAGCUGUUGUUUGGCUGCGGCCGUGGCACCGGCCAGCAAAGCCAGCGCCAAACCCUAUCGGUGUGAUGACUGCGGCAAAGGCUUCAACAAGAACGCGGCCCUGUCCAAGCACCGCCGCGCUCACCAUGCCGCAGAGAAGCCCUAUGUCUGCCAGGACUGCGGCAAGAGCUUCGGUCUGAACGGCGCCCUGCUGCAGCACCGGCGGACACGGCACCCGGACGACUCGGCCAAGCCGUACGCCUGCGGCGACUGCGGCAAGAGCUUCGCCUGGAGCUCCCACCUGGACCGGCACCGGCGCAUCCACGCCGGCGACAAGCCCUACCGCUGCGAGGACUGUGGGAAGGGCUUCUCCCAGAGCUCCCACUUGGAGCGGCACCAGCGGGUGCACAGGAGCGCCGAGCGCCCGCCAUGCCGCUGUGCCGAGUGCGGGUUCGCUGGGGCGCGGCGGCAGCGCCGGCGAGGGGCCCUGCUGGCCUGCAAGUGCAGUGACUGCGGCAAGAGCUUCCUGUGGCGGCGCCCGGCCUGCAGCGAGUGCGGGAGGGGCGGUGGGGAGGGCGUGCGGCACCAAGGGACGCAGACGGGCGAGAAGCCCUACUCCUGCCUGGACUGCGGCAAGUGCUUCGCCCAGAACUCGGCUCUGGCCAAGCACCGGCGCAUGCACACCGGGGAGAAGCCGUACAAGUGCGCCGAAUGCGGGAAGAGCUUCGGCGUCCGCUCCAACCUGCUGAAGCACCAGCGCACGCACCUGGGCGAGAAGCCCUACAAGUGCGCCGACUGCGGCAAGGGCUUCAUUCAGAAGUCCGACCUCACGAAGCACCGGCGCAUGCACACCGGCGAGAAGCCGUACCGCUGUGACGCCUGCGGCAAGUGCUUCAGCGUCAGCUCCAAUCUCAUCAAGCACCAGCGCAUCCACUUGGGCGAGAAGCCCUACGCCUGCGGGGAGUGCGGCAAGGCCUUCAUCCAGCGCUCCGAGCUCACCAUCCACCAGCGCACCCACACCGGGGAGAAGCCCUACAAAUGUGGCGUCUGCGGCAAGUGCUUCAGCCGCAGCUCCCACCUCAACCGGCACCAGCGCACUCACAGCAACGGCAAGGCCUCAGCCGGCAGUGCCGGGACGGCCCACACCACACUGCUGGUUGCCAGCGCUGCCAAACCUGCUGCUCCCCUGCCCGCCUCGGCCUUCUCAGCCUCCUUCGCUUCGCCUGGCCCCCUGCCCGCCCUGCCUGCCUUCCCUGCUUCUCCAUCGUCCCUCCCAAUCCCUUCUUUGGACCUGCCCUGGGCCCUGUCCUUUCCCUCCCGAAGCUUCCCGCACCCCUCCUUCCCUUCUCCUGCCCCUUCAGGGGCCCAGGCCUCAUCUCUGAUCAACUAG